AUGUCUGACCGUCGUCGACCUCCCCCAGCUUAUACUGCACCCCCGGAUUCGGGCAUCCACGCUACCUCGCAUCUCUACCGGUCUAUCUCCGAGACCGCAUCAGACCCAACGGCACGUCUCCCCAAGGAAUCAUUUACAAUCCGACCAUGCUCCGGACAGGCAUGGGUUGUGCCUGCCGGCCACAUCUGCCGCUUAACGACACCCAAGGGCCCGCAGGUGGGUGAUCUCAACAUCUGGAAUGCUAACAACCCACGGGAGAGAAUGUGGGCUGCACGUACCCGACAGAUCCACGCUUCUCACGUCUCCGUCGGUGAUCGUCUGUGGUCCAAUCUGCCCUAUCUGCGGCCUCUCGUGACUAUCACGGGAGACUCGCUUGGCGGCGGACAGUUGCAUGAUGUACUGGGACCGGAUGGGAAAAGAAAACCGGAUGUUGUAUUUGGCAACACGCAAUUCGGAGGACGAGUGCAUGACUUGUUGGGGACCCGAUGCGACCCCUACGUGAAUCUCCUGAUGGGCGGCGAGACCUUCGACUUCCACUGCCACUCGAACCUCACGCGCUCGGUGGUCCCCUACGGAUUGACGGAACUGGAUGUUCAUGACGUGUUAAAUGUGUUCCAGGUGACUGGGCUGGACGAGGAAGGAAAGUACUUCAUGGAAACUUCCCCCGCAAAAGCCGGAGAGUACUUUGAGUUCUUUGCCGAAGUGGACGUCCUCUGUGCGCUGUCGGCGUGCCCCGGGGGCGAUCUUUCCAACUGGGGAUGGGAUGACAAAGAGGGCGGUAUGGGGGCUACUUGCCGUCCGCUUGGAGUGGAGGUAUAUCAAUUGACGGAUGAGAAGGUCCUGAAGGGGUGGAAGGCACCGGAGAGCCCUAAAUACCGGGGGAUGCACGGAAUGAGCAUGCCACCUCGUGAACAGGAUAACUUCGUCGGACUUUAA